GGAGAUUUCAUGGGAAAUGGUUGGCAUUCUUUCUUUGAAAUGACUUGGAACAGGGAGAGGAGGGUGAAGAGAGAGAGAUCCACAUUGCUCAGCCAGUCAAGGAGAAAGGCCGAGAGAGAGAAAACGGCCCCAAACCCAGAGCAGCCCUGGCGCUGGCUUGGAAUUCCUGGACCCCGGCAGCAUGGUGUUGAGGCCGGUCACUUUGGGGAUUUCUCUCCAGAUUUUCCUCUCCCUCGUGUUGGCUCAGACGGAUUUUCUUGACUGCCUCUUGCCCAUUUCAGAAGCCCUUCCCGGCUUAGAAGAGAAGAAACGAGGUAAUCAGAAAGGAUGCUGCCUCGUGAUCCCUCCUCCUCCACCAAUGUUUCCACUGCCAUUUUUCAGAGGGGGCCGGACUUCUCUUCUCUCCCCAGAUAUGCCAGACUUCUUUCUAGAGUUACAGACAACCCAGUCUCCGUGUGUUCAAGAAUCUCUUGGCCCCCCUGGGCUUCCAGGCCCCCAGGGUCCCCCAGGGACUCCUGGAGUGAGAGGACCCAAAGGGGAGAAAGGGGAGCUCGGCCGGCCAGGGAGAAAGGGGAGACCCGGCCCUCCAGGAGCCCCCGGAAUGCCUGGGCCUGUGGGCUGGCCAGGCCCUACUGGAUCUCAGGGUGAAAAAGGUGAUUUGGGCUUGAUGGGAUUACCAGGUACAAGAGGACCUGUGGGCUCCCAGGGUCACCCCGGCAUCAGAGGGGAAAAGGGCUCCAAAGGUGACCAGGGCAUCCUGGGCCCCAAAGGAGAAAAGGGUUUUCCGGGCCUUCCUGGGAUGCUGGGACAGAAAGGAGAAAUGGGUCCAAAGGGAGAGCCUGGUACGUCAGGACCCAGGGGACCUACAGGAAGACCAGGAAAACGAGGCAAGCAAGGACCGAAGGGCGACUCUGGAGUGACAGGUCCACCUGGCCGGCCCGGACCUCCUGGCAAACCUGGGCCCCCAGGAGAACCAGCUUCAGAACAAUCUAUAAUUGGACCCAAAGGGGAAAAAGGACCUCCUGGACCUCCGGGGAGAUGUCUCUGUCGCUCCUCCGUGAAUGUGAAUAGCCCGUCCUAUGAGGAAUAUGAGCACGGACCGAACUACCCCCGAGUGCCCGUGAUUUUUGUGGUGAACAAUAGGGAGGAGCUGGAGCGUCUGAACACCCGAAACGCCAUCGCUUUUCGCAAAGACCAGCGAGCUCUCUAUUUCAAGGACAAUGUUGGUUGGCUCCCCAUCCAGCUUACCCCUUUCUAUCCUGUGGAUUACCCUGUAGACGAAGGCAGCUCUUGUGGAGACGGAGUCCUACAGCCCGGGGAAGAGUGUGAUGAUGGCAACAACAUGGUGGCUGACGACUGCAUCAGAUGUCAUCGAGCGUAUUGUGGCGACGGCUAUCGGCACGAAGGUGUGGAAGACUGUGACGGAAGGGACUUUGGCUAUCUGACUUGCGAGACCUAUCUCCCCGGGUCUUAUGGGGAAUUGAAAUGCACUUCCCACUGUUAUAUUGACUCCACACCAUGUCGCUAUUUCACAUGAAGGGAUGCAGGGUGUGGAAUGGACAGCAGCUGCUAAAAUGCUAUUUCAGACUGGCAUAGAAAUGCCAAAUUCUGCAUGAAGAAAACAAAAACCAACCAUCUUGCUGCUGACAGCUAUCGGAGACGUACGUUUCAUUAGUUCCGACUGGAAGAAAAAUGGACCACUGUAUCCUUGUCUUAAUCCAAAACGUAGAAGGCAUCUCACGGCUCCCUUUGGGAGCUGGCCUGCUGCCCCACCGUCAAGGCAAUUCUGCCGGAAAACAGCCACCCAUCUCCAUCCUCCAGAAAACGAGCCGAGGAGACAGGGACGCCUCAGCGGAGCACUCUCCAUCCACAGGCUUCGGGGUGCUUCUGAAUUGAGUUUUGAUCUGCAGCUUUCAGUCGUCUCUUGGCGUGGUGGUCGUGACAAGACUCUUCCCUCCUCCCCUGACCUUGGGCCACGUCAGGACCACACGACAGGGCAGACUUGGGCGACACGGAGCACCGACGGCUCCUGGGCCGUCAUGGAGGACUCUUGGCUACUGGUCAGCUCUCGGGUGAGAGACUACGGAGGGCAUGCGGCCAUCCUCCUUGGGGAGAAGCUGAUUCAACCCCAGACCGAGCAGCCACUGGCUCCCUCAGACUUCAGAGCCAGCUUCAAAAAAAACAUGAAACAUCGGUUCCAUUUUGACUUCCAUGAGAACAAAGGCUUACUGAGACCUCUCUGGACUAGCUGGGAAACCUCUCCUAGGGCCUGUUUCUGCAUCCCAGCCUUCCUUGUCUCUCUGGUGGUUCCAUUUCUCUGGGCUGAGCUUCGUCCCCUAAUCCCGGUGACCACCCCUCCACACCAUUCUCUUGUAUAGUUCCCAGCCAGUUUUCCCACCAUCUCCUCCGUCCUUCAGAAAACCCCAUCCUUAUUGUGUGAAACUGUCUCUGUGCUUCUCCGCUUUCUCUAGUGAGUCGUGGCGCUUCUCCGGGGGCAGGAAUCACGGGCGGGUCUUAGUGCUGCGUCUGCAGAGGGGAGCGCCCAGUUUCUCCACUCGCGAGUCCGUUAGGCCUGUGAAUUGUCGGGCUGGCAGGGCCUUGUGUUCUGUCUCGUGAAGAAGCCACAAACGUUCUGAUCUCUGUCCCCGCAGCAUUAGCGAUAGUGGUCUCUGCUCGCUAAAACUACCAAGUGGCUUGUUGUGUGCAGGAUGUUCUGUGUUUUUCAUACAAACCCAUCCAGACAGGGCAGGGAAGGUGCAUGUCUAUGGGCUGCAGGGGUGAGCUGCCGGUGCAAUGGGUGUCCCAGUUUACGAUGUGGAUUCCAAAUGAAGGCGUGUCUCCUUCGUGCACUGAUGAGCACGGCUUAGACUCAGUCUCUCCAAGACUGGAUGCAGGUGAGAACGUCUCCGACUGGUGUCAACCACCAGAACACUACCCUUUCAUCAGGUGGGGAGGAACCACUGCUCUGUGCCCGACAUGGGAUUCACAAGGAAUAAAGGCAGUUCAUUCACUCCCGGUGACUGGCUUUUGCAUAGUGGUUUGUUCAGUGUGGCUAAACACUGCUGGACAGGUGGUGAGUGACAGUUUGGGUUUAAAUCUCUUACUAAUCCUCUAUGAUGGCACAAGUUGACUCCUAUUAUCUUAAGUGGGGUAAUUUGAAAUUUUUUGAAGGAGAAAAAAAAGGAUUUUGGUUUUUUUAAAUUUAGCUAGCAUGGAGCACUUUGGCGGGAGACAGAGGUGGCCAGAGCAAAGCUUGGGGCAUGGGGAGUGGUUGGGAGUGAGUUAAGUAAUCCUGUGUGUCAGUUUGGGGGACGCAGUAAACAUGCUGACCCUGAAGGCUUCCACUUCUAACAUCCUUUGCCUCUGUCUGUGACUGCUGUCCAAUCCUUGAUACGCCUUUCUACGUAGUGAUGAAGACAUCUUCUUAAAUGCUCACAAACAGGACCUGCGUGCUCAGAAAUUGUGGGCGGGUCGGUGGAGAUUUUGUAAAAUCACGAUUUAAUGGCUCAUCCAUGUUUGUGCUAUCUUUGUGGACAGAGAAUGAACCAGAGGAGGCAUGUUCUGUUGGAUAGCUCCUUUAGGGAGAGAUGGAUAGAUGAAAAUGUUCACACCACACACCUCGCAGGGCUCCUUUGUCUAUAACCAUUGUCUACUACCAUGGGUUUUUGUGCCCCAUAAAAUAGCUUCUGCUGCUAACUGUGUUGCUGCCACAGGGGCUCUUGGGCAUGUGCUUAUUCCUGGAUGUGCCAUCUCUGCACAGGAAGAUCCCUGGGGGUCCAUCUUCUCGUCCUUCUGAGGGCUUUUCUUCCAUGUCGCUAAAGCAAAGGAGGUUCUCCUGGGAGGAUAUUUUUUUGAGAGCUGAAGUGUACAGCAUACAGACAUGUCCUUCCUGUUACACAUGCUUUUCCUUUUUAGCCCUGUAAUCUUAAAAUACACAUUUAAUAUAUCAACCAUAUAGACUUGGAACUGACCAAAUUGCACAAUGUACACACAAUAAAAUUCUUCUAUGUCAGAUAAUAGCAAGUUUUUGUUCUUUUGGGCUAUUCUAUGUUUGUUAUAAAAUUACAGAUUUAUAAUUAGGUUCCGUCUUGUGAAGUCCUUUUUUUUCCUCCUUAAAAAUAAAUACUUUAAGGUUUCCUUUGUUGUAAUAGAUAAAACAAGAGUCAAUAAUAUCUGAGUUCAAAUGCAUGCCCACGGGCAAAGCAAUUAACCCCUAACUUGAAAUUUCUUUUUUUGUAAAGUAGAAAAAAUAAUAGUGAUAGUCCCUACCUCCAGCAUUGCUAGAACACUCAUGUGAGAGUGAACACAAAAGCACUUUGUCCACUUGAACUUGCUAUAGAAAUGUUGAGCUCAUUGUUUCCUUCUAACAAUCCUGUGAGGUAGGUGGUGUGAACAUUAUUACCACAUUUACCCUAUUAGAAAGAAUGGGCCCAUAGAGCAGAAACUUCUUGGACACAGACGGAAUCCCUGUCUCCUAUUUCCAAACCCAACGCUCUUCAAGCUGUUGUUCAGAACCCAAACAUGCAGGUUAGUCAAGAUUUUGGUGUGAAAUGGAAUCAGGAGAUUGGGGAGUAGGAAUGGAGAUAAAUCAUAUUCAUCCUUGCAGUCUCUUACCAUGUGAAUUUUAGUACCAGAAUGUAGAAAAUGUCUCUUGGGGUUUUUGUUUGUCCAGAUGUAUCAAAGCUUGUUAAAUAAGCUAAUCUCUCAUAAUCUUUUGGGUCUUGUCUUUCCUUUUUCAUUAAUUUGACAGAUGUGAAUAUUUUCAUUUAUAAAGAACAGCAAAAAAUUGUAUAUGAAACUUAAUUUCAAUCACAUUUGUUUCUUUUUAAAAAUUAUACAUUAAAUUUAACAUGAUAUCAA